GGCGGUUGGUGAUCGUCCUAGCCUGCGGUAGAUGGUGUGCCCUGCCUUCGCUGCCCAGACGUUAAGAAAAGUGCACUGUGCGUCCAGAUGUCAGAAGAGAUGGAUAAUGUUACAGCUGAAGAAAUUACAGACAAGCAUCUCCAAAAAGAUUAAUAAAGGUGAAAAAUCUUCAAUGGAGCAGCUCGUUGAGAGCAAAAUAUAUCAAAGGUCCAAGUUGUCUCCACAGACUGAAGUCUCAUUGGAUGAAAGUCUUUCAUUUUUCAUUCUGAGUGGUGAAGAAGGUUCAGCUUUGGGCAAGUCUUCAGAGCAGGCAAUAAAAUAUGACCUGGGAAGUUCAUUUAUGAACAAAAUGGAAGGUCCAAGGGAAAUACACCAAUUAGACCUCAACAUUGUGGGUUUGCAAUUCAGCCAUCAUCAUCUCUUCAAUCAAGAACAAGUAUUAUGUGCUAGGCUUCUCCAACUAUAUGAAUGUUUUCAGGACAGGCAGCAACAGAAUGUAUCUCAGCUGCUUUAUGAGAAGCUGAAAGCACUGACAGAUGCUACUGAAUUGUCAAAUGAAAAUUCAGAAAUAAACCAGCUGACGAGAAAAUCUUUACAAGAUUAUUAUUGGCAAAUAAGUAAUACAAAACAGAUGUAUGACUUAGAAAGGGGAAAGGACGUCUCCCUACUACGCAGUAUAUUACGAACUUGGAAACAGAUUAAAUCUCUUCGACAGCGACAAGGGUUUACAAGCACCCCAAUAAAGUUACAGGUUCAGAGGAUAAAAAUGAAUAAAUGUGAUGAACAAGAGCAAAUCUCAGAAAUGUCUGAAACUGAGAAGAAAAAUGAAGGAAAAGAACUUAAUGGGAAAAAACAGGAGAGCCUCUCAUAUCUAGCUUCAGAUGAAACAGAAAUUGAAAGAAUAAAGCCAAUUACCUUGAGGCCACAACUUUCUUUCACUGCAGAAUUAACAAGCUUAUCCAAGUGUUCAUUUAUGUUAAGGAAUGUAGAUGCGAGAAGUGUUCCUGGAAUUCCAUGGCUCAUUAAUGAACAGAAGCUUUUUGAAUGGGCAAAUGAAGUCAGAAUUGAUCCAAAUAAUCCAGAAUAUUCUGAUUUAAUGGAAUUUGUUAUGUACAUGAGACUUAAGGGGCAAGAUAUUCCGAAGUAUUUUCGUCUUGAACAGUUGCAAGAUGAAUUUAACUUUGUUUCUGAAGAGGAAAUGACAAAGAGUAAACGUUUCCAGCUAUUGCAACUUAGAAAUGCAGGUCAAUUAGAUAAUUUCCUUCUACAGCAAAUGCCCCUCCAUGACACAGAGAUUCCAGAUUUACUCUUCCAGGAGUAUGAAAGUCAGAAAGAGAAGGAGGUAUCCAUUUCAGAUGUAAAUUCUAUUACAGCACAAAGGAUUAAUUCUGCCAAUUUGCUGAAAAAGGUGAGAAGGUUGAUAAUGAAGAGAAUUGUUAAAAUUAGCAAAUAUAACUUGUCAGAUAUUGUGACUGAUUAUGAAGAAAUUGUAUCUACAAGCCAAUUGACAGAUGCAGUUUGUCAGUUUGUUGAACCACGGAGAAAGUUAAAACCUCAGAGGAAAGAAAGGAAAAAAGUCAGAGCACAGACGAUCUCUGAUGGAGAUAUUAAGAUUCUUGUCCGAAUAGUGAGGGCCUAUAAUAUUCCCACCAGAAAAACAACAAUUAAUAGAGCCUUGGAUAUGCCUACUUGUUCAAAAUCAUCUAUAUCUUGCCUCAGACAUAAAGAAACAAUCAAAUCAGUAGCCUCAGAUGAGAUCUUACAUGAGGAUACUGUAAAUCCAUUCGUGGAAGUUUCUUUCCAGCACACUGUAUACCAAACCAAUACAGCAAGUGGAUCUCAUCCAUGCUGGAAUGAGGAAAUUAAAGUAGAUUUUAUCUCACCAGGACAUGAUUAUAGCUUCUCAAGCUUAUCUAAAAUAAAAGAUAAUAUAUAUAUCAACAUUUUUGAUGAAAUGAUAACUGAAAAACAUGAGGAUCACUGUCUCAAGAGCUGUAGUGCUCACUCAUAUAUAAGAAAGAAUUGGCUUGGAUCCAUUGUCUUCCCUUUUUCUGCUCUUCUGCAACAAUCUGAGUUUUUAGAUCAAACAGAGGUCUUGCAGAGAGCACAGAUUUUUAAAAAGAAUUGUAAGGCAAUGUUUCCCAACCGAAGAAUCAUAACUACUGUUUUUAAUGAUGAAGGGAUACAGUUCUUAGUCACAAGAUAUAUCAAGGCAUUAAAUCCACCUCAGCAACUUCUGGAUAUAUUUCUUCACAAUUCUAAUGCAACAUUUGACCUCGUUGCUCGAUUUGUAUCUUUGAUUCCUUUUGUGCCUAAUACACCGGAUGAAAAUGAUGGUUCUGAUAUAUGGAUGACAUCAGAGCGCUGCAUCAGUUUGGCUAUUGGAAAUAAGGAGGAGCAUGCCAUCCUUCUCUGUAAUUUCUUUCUGUAUUUUGGAAAGAAGGCACUGGUCCUCUUGGGAACCUCCAUGUUAGAAGGGCAUGUGGCUUAUGUAGUAACUCAAGAAACUAAUGAAUAUUUGCUUUGGAAUCCAUCAACUGGCCAAUGUUAUAAGCAGUUUGACCCGUUUUGUCCCUUAAAAAGCAUAGAUUGUUUGUUUGAUGAUAGAAAUGUCUGGUUUAAUAUUCAACAAAAUAAUACACCAAUGGCUGUAUUUUUUGACUAUUCAAAGGAAAGUUUCUGGAAGGAGUUGCUUCCAAAAAACGUUCAAGGGACAAAAGUACAAAGCAUACAGCCUGAAGAAAUAAUGUAUUUUGAAACUGAUAAAAGCAUGGUAGAAGAUCUAAGGAAUAGGAUCGAAAGGACUCUGAAGAGUAAAGUGAUGGAAUGGCGACCUAAACACCCAACACGUUGGAAUCGACAAUGUACUUUUAUUUUGCGACAAAUCCUUCCUAAGCUGGAAUUCGGCAUAGGAAGCUUUGUUUCAUGUGAAGGAGAUAAUGAAUUUGAAAGAAUACUACAAUUUUAUUGGGUCACGGGAUUUCCCAUCCAGAUGCCAUACACUGAUGUACAGUCAAUUAUUGAUGCUGUUUAUCAAACUGGAAUCCACUCUGCUGAAUUUCCCCAGACAGAGUUCGCUUUAGCUGUAUACAUUCACCCAUACCCAAACAACAUAUUAUCUGUGUGGGUCUAUUUGGCUUCCUUAGUUCCACAUCAAUGAAAAGGAAGCAGAGCAAAGUAAUACUAUAGGCCUCUAAUACCAACAAAAACUUUUCUGGUACCUUGAGAUUUUGCUGUUUAUUCUCAAGUCCAGCUAAGUGCUGGGCCCAAUUUUUUAUUCACUUACAGAGUUGGCCACUAUGGAGAUUCGCACCCCUGAGUGAGUCUUUGAGGAGGAGUCUAGAUGAACUUCUCACCAGAGACCUCUCCAGGGAGGACCUUUGGAUAGUCUGGCUGUCUUGGGUCACUGUCUGCAGUAGGUCUUAUUCUGGGAAAGAAGCAAUUUUGGCCUCUUCUCCUAAGGUCAAUGUUUUUCAAAUUGUAGAAUUCACACCAUCUCCAUUUGAAUCAUCUGGAGAGCCUUGUUGAAAAUGCAGAUUACUAGAUCCCACUCAAGACCGGCUGAAUCAGCACCUCCGGGAGUGAAGCUACAGAACCUGCAUUAUUUUCAACAAGCCCCCCAGAUAAUUCUGAUGCACUGUUAUGAGGGAGAGCCCAGCCUUAUAGAAUGUUUUCAGUACUAAACUAAGGCUGGUACGUUUGAUGCUGGGUCUGAUACAAUUCAAGAUGGAAGCUGCUUAAGUGGAAAACUAAAGUCAUUGCCUCUCGUGAAUAAAAUGCUUAUUUCACUGGUAAAGAAAAAAAAAGAAAAUCUACCAUGUUGGGCUGA